ACACAUCUCCGCUAUGUUAUCAAUACUUCGCAAGGCACGCUUAAAAGACAAGGAGAUGCGAAUAUUAAUGCUGGGUCUUGACAACGCGGGUAAGACGACCAUCGUUAAACGGGUAAUGAACGAGGAUGUCACUACGGUCAGCCCAACCCUGGGCUUCAUCAUCAAAACUAUUGAUUUUAUGGGAUACAAACUCAACAUUUGGGAUGUUGGAGGACAAAAAACUCUCCGAUCCUAUUGGAAAAACUACUUUGAAAAGACCGACACGCUCGUCUGGGUUGUGGAUGCCACUGAUCGCCUUCGCGUGACCGAUUGUCGACAGGAGCUCGCGGGUCUGCUGCUUGAAGAGCGACUCAUGGGAGCCAGUUUGCUGGUCUUUCUGAACAAGACAGACGUGGAACAUUGCAUGGAUGAGCUGGAGGUUCGCGAGCGACUGGAUUUGGAUUCCAUCAAAACUCACAAGUGGACUAUCCUGCCCUGCAGUGCAAUGACCGGCACAAACUUGAAUGAAGGUUUAGAAUGGGUUGUACAAGAUGCCAAAGACCGGCUAUUCCUCUACUGACUCUGGUGUCAUCGUUAUGUUCAAGCCGGUGGACCAGUUCGAUUUGCAUUUGGCCUCUCUGGAUCUAAUUCACUCCGUGCUUGCAGUCCAACUCUACAACAUUUACAUCCGAUAGGCUGAAGUAUACGUGUCAGAUCACUGAACUUGUAUUCCGAGAAUGCAAGGCACAACAUGAUAUAUCAUUCCGCCUCUGCACCCCUGAACCCAGGAAAUAGGAGACAGCGAUGAAAAAACAGAGAACUAGCAAUAUAAAAGAGCAGAAACAUGAACAGAAAAGAACACAAAAAGAACAGAAAAAUCAACGUAGAAGCCGGGAGAAGACAUCACUGCGGGGCGAUCCACACGUAAACAAAC